AUGUCAAGGCCAAUGGGACUCCUAUGGCUGCCUUUGAUCUUCACCCCAGUUUGUGUCAUGUUGAAUUCUAACUUCCUUUUGUGGAUAACUGCACUAGCUAUAAGAUUUACCCUCAUUGAUGGCCAAGCACAAUACCCUGUUGUUACCACGAAUUAUGGCAAAAUACGUGGCCUAAGAACACCUUUGCCCAAUGAGAUCCUGGGCCCAGUGGAGCAGUACCUGGGAGUUCCUUAUGCCUCCCCUCCAACUGGGGAGAGGCGAUUCCAGCCCCCAGAACCUCCCUCCUCAUGGACUGGGGUUCGGAAUGCCACGCAGUUUGCUGCCGUCUGUCCACAGUACCUGGAUGAGAGGUCACUGCUCAAUGACAUGCUGCCGGUCUGGUUUACUGCCAAUUUGGAUACCGUUGUGACAUAUGUGCAAGAUCAAAAUGAAGAUUGCCUGUAUUUGAAUAUCUAUGUGCCCACUGAGGAUGGAGCCAACACAAAGAAAAGCCCAGAUGAUAUAACCAAUAAUGAUCGCGGUGAAGAUGAAGACAUUCAUGAUCAGAACAACAAGAAACCCGUUAUGGUCUACAUCCACGGGGGAUCUUACAUGGAGGGUACUGGCAACAUGAUUGAUGGGAGCAUUCUAGCAAGCUAUGGAAAUGUCAUCGUUGUAACCCUCAACUACAGGCUGGGGGUUUUAGGUUUUCUAAGUACUGGAGACCAAGCUGCAAAAGGCAAUUAUGGAUUGCUUGACCAAAUCCAAGCUUUACGAUGGAUUGAAGAAAAUAUUGGAUCCUUUGGAGGAGACCCAAAAAGAGUUACUAUUUUUGGAUCCGGAGCAGGAGCAUCCUGUGUUAGUCUGCUAACACUAUCUCACUAUUCAGAAGCAAACAGAUGGAGUGAUGAAACUGCAGGUUUAUUCCAAAAGGCAAUCAUACAGAGUGGAACAGCCCUGUCCAGCUGGGCAGUGAACUACCAGCCUGCCAAAUACACUCGGAUAUUGGCAGAUAAAGUGGGCUGCGACAUGCUGGAUACCACUGACUUAGUUGAAUGCCUUCGGAAUAAGAACUACAAAGAACUCAUUCAGCAGACUAUCACUCCAGCCACGUACCACAUUGCCUUUGGGCCUGUGAUUGAUGGGGAUGUGAUUCCAGAUGACCCUCAGAUUCUAAUGGAGCAGGGAGAGUUCCUUAACUAUGACAUAAUGCUAGGUGUGAACCAAGGGGAAGGCUUAAAAUUUGUGGAUGGCAUUGUGGACAACGAAGAUGGUGUUUCCCCAAAUGACUUUGACUUUUCCGUCUCCAAUUUUGUGGACAAUCUGUAUGGCUAUCCAGAAGGGAAGGAUACACUCCGGGAGACCAUUAAAUUCAUGUACACUGACUGGGCAGAUAAGGAAAACCCUGAAACACGAAGGAAGACCCUGGUAGCUCUGUUUACUGAUCACCAGUGGGUUGCCCCAGCUGUUGCUACAGCUGACCUGCAUGCCCAGUAUGGCUCUCCAACAUAUUUCUAUGCAUUUUAUCACCACUGCCAAAGUGAAAUGAAACCAAGCUGGGCUGAUUCAGCACAUGGUGAUGAAGUUCCGUAUGUGUUUGGCAUUCCCAUGAUUGGUCCCACCGAAUUGUUCAACUGCAACUUCUCCAAAAAUGACGUCAUGCUCAGUGCAGUAGUUAUGACAUACUGGACAAAUUUCGCCAAAACUGGAGAUCCAAACCAGCCUGUUCCACAGGACACAAAGUUUAUCCAUACAAAACCCAACCGUUUUGAAGAAGUGGCCUGGUCUAAGUAUAACCCUAAAGACCAGCUCUAUCUGCACAUUGGCCUGAAACCCCGAGUUCGGGAUCACUAUCGAGCAACAAAAGUCGCCUUCUGGUUGGAACUUGUACCACACUUGCACAACUUAAAUGAAAUAUUUCAGUAUGUUUCCACAACAACUAAGGUGCCGCCUCCUGAUAUGACCUCAUUUCCUUAUGUCACCAGACGUUCUCCUGGAAAGUUGUGGCCAGCGACAAAACGCCCGGCAAUGACACCAGCCAACAAUCCUAAACAUUCAAAGGACACCCACAAAACAGCCCCAGAGGAUACAACUGUCCUGAUAGAAAACAAGCGAGAUUACUCCACAGAGCUGAGUGUCACCAUCGCAGUGGGGGCAUCCUUGUUAUUCCUCAACAUUUUAGCUUUUGCUGCAUUGUAUUACAAGAAAGACAAGCGACGUCACGAGACACACAGGCGCCCUAGCCCCCAGAGGAACACAACCAAUGAUAUAGCGCACAUACAAAAUGAAGAGAUUAUGUCAUUGCAGAUGAAACAACUAGAGCAUGACCACGAGUGUGAAUCGCUGCAGGCACACGACACUCUGAGACUAACCUGUCCACCUGACUACACCCUUACUUUGAGAAGGUCCCCAGAUGACAUUCCACUAAUGACACCCAACACCAUAACCAUGAUUCCAAAUACAUUAACAGGAAUGCAACCUUUGCAUACUUUCAACACCUUCAGUGGAGGACAAAACAGUACUAAUUUACCCCAUGGACAUUCCACCACUAGGGUAUAG